CUCUCUCUCUCUCUCGACGCCAUAAUGCGCAUCGCGCAUAGGUUUUUCGCCCCGGCACAAUGCGUACGGGGGUUUCGACAAUAUGUUUGGGGCCACCGAAACGAGGCAAUGGAUGGAUGGAUGGAUGGCUGCCUGGCUGGCUAGCUGGAACAAUCGCGGGGAGCGCCUCUCUCUCUCUCUCUCCCGGGGUAGGGGUGUUUCACAGGGGUUUGUUUAGGUUCCCGGGCGCGAAAGGCACUCAACCCGCUAAUCUAUUUAGCCGUAGUGUUUGAUAUGGAAUUAAUGAGGCCCGCUGGCAUUAUGGCCCAGAGCCCGCAGAUUUUCGGUUUAGUCGUGGAAAUAAAAGAGGGGGGGCCCGAUGGUUGCGCACACAGUUACGUUCACCUUUUCAUAACGGGGAUCGCCUCUUACCAUCCGCCAGCUGCAACACGUCGUAACAUGUCGUUGAUACUUGGAGAUUUCAUUGCGACGAUAUAUCUAAUCCUUAACGAGUGUCCUGUGACAGUGACCUCGUCGUUGGCGCCGUCCUCGGUCUCGCCUGCAACCGGUGCGAUCCUGAGUGCGGGCAGCUCAUCCCUGGUCAGCAGCGUAACCGCCAGUACGACGACGAAUCAUCCCCUGGACGUAGCCGGUCUGUCGCAAGCGAGGAUGGCGGUGACGAGCGCAAUCGUGAGACCGCCCGGCAGUCCCACUACUUCGGUUAGCCCGUCCCAGGGUCAUCCGCCAUCGGCCGGCGGUCCCACCGCGGCCAGGUGCUGCGAUACCGGUCGGCCGAUUUUCACGGAUCCGCUGACAGGCCAGACCGUCUGCUCCUGCCAGUACGAACUACUGGGUGGCUAUCAGCGACUAGGUGGCCUACCCACGGCCGCGCUCUCCAUGUAUAGCGCGCCUUACGCGGCCGCCGCCGCGGCUGCCGCGUCCGAGGGCAUGGCCGCGUACUUCCCCAGCUUGGGCGCCGAGCAAGCACCUUUCUACACGCCCACGGCCGCCGGUUUAGAUCUCAAGGAAAAUCUGGGCGCCGGAGCUGCAGCAGCGUGGCCUUAUCCCUCGGUGUAUCACCCUUACGAUGCUGCUUUUGCGAGUUAUCCCUUCAACGGUUAUGGCAUGGAUCUAAAUGGCGCGAGGCGAAAAAAUGCGACACGGGAGACAACGAGCACGCUAAAAGCGUGGCUAAACGACCACAAGAAGAAUCCAUAUCCUACGAAAGGCGAAAAGAUCAUGCUGGCUAUUAUUACCAAGAUGACACUGACACAAGUGUCGACGUGGUUCGCGAACGCGCGGAGGCGCUUGAAAAAGGAAAAUAAAAUGACGUGGGAGCCAAGAAAUCGUGUCGAAGACGAAGAUAACAAUAACGAAGACGACGAUAGCGGGAGAAAGAGCGUCGAUGAGAAAGAUCGGCUAGAUUCGAAAGACUCAGGUACAGGUUCUAGCGAGGAUGGGGAACGACCGGCGCACCGUCUAGACCUAUUGCACGGCGGCAGUGGUGGAUCGGCGGGCGUCCAAGGUAGAACCGAGAGCGAGUGGAGCGAGUCGCGAGCGGACAGCGGCCCGGACAGUCCGGAAUGUUUGUACGAUCAGAGGGAGCCGAGGCAUCCGCUGCAGCUGCAACAUCCGGCAUAUCUCACCCCGAAUCACGGUCGGUUGUUACGUCAUCCCUCGCCGGAGAGCACGUCGCCGGGUAGCCAUCAUCUGCCACCAAGCACGAGCGCGCCGUCCACGGGCAGCGCGGUGACGACGAAGCCGCGGAUCUGGUCCCUGGCGGACAUGGCGAGCAAGGACGGCGAUCAGCAGAAUACGAAUCCAGCCACGAUGACUGGUCUCACACCUUACAGCGGAACGGGCGGAGGCGGAGGUGGCAUCGGCGGUGGCGGUGGCGGCGGCGGCGGCGGUGACGGCGGAGGUGGCGGCGGCGCUACAGGGGGCAAACUCGUGAGCCCCUUGGCUAGUCGAUUGCCGCCUCAUCAUCCUCUCCAUCCGAUACAUCCGGGCACGCAGUUCGUAAGACCGCAUCCGGACUUCUACAGAAACUUGUACGGCGCGUCCCAUCUCGGCUCCGGCGACAUAUCCCUGCUGGAGACGUACUCGAGAACUCUGGGUGGACUGGGCAGCGUGAUACCGCCAUCAACGGCCCCGAGCAUACUCACGUCCUCGUCCUCGUCGAUCUCCGCCGCCGGUAACGUGAAACCUUUCUCGAUCAACGGCGGUAGCGGCGCGAGCACCACCGCCGGAUCGGCCGUUUUACUGACCACCGCGUCCUCCGGCCUGUCGUCGUCGUCGUCGUCGACGGCGUCGUCGGGCGGGUCCGAUCAGUCGCCCCAUCCGGCGGGCGGCGGUCUCCCCGCGACUCAGGAACUCAAAUCUCCCGGGCGGGUGUGACUCGACGUAGCGACCGAUCGCUAAAGAAACGUUUAUCGCGGGCGCGCGCUGUGCACCAGCGGGCGUUUUGUGUGGUGUGGCUGACAAUAAUCAGAGACUACAACCUUGUAAUUAGUGUACAGUAAAACGGGAGAUGAUGAGAUAUACUGCCCCAACCCGCUCCUCGUUCCUAGUCUUUUCUUUUUUUUUUGUUCUUCUUUUUCAAUGUUAUCGUCGCUAUUUCUUCUCUCGUUCCCUUCCCUCCUUUCUCCGUCGAUUUUUCAUCCAAGUUUUUCUUUUCCGUAUGCAAUUACUCUCGAUAAAAAGGAAAACUCGUAGUACCGACUACCCAUAGUGACUCUAUCGCGGUAUAACCGUACAACAACUAGCGCGUCAACUCGACAGUACUAUUACACACAUAUAAAUAUUAUAAAUAUCUAAAGAUAUACGAUAAUAUAAUUAAUAUUAUUUAUGCGUUUGUAAAUAGUAGAGAGAGGCCCAGUAGAGAAAUCGUCCGGCCAGUGUAUGUAUUGUAUGUAGAGUAGACACUAUAUUACUAGACUACCUGAGAUCAUAAUUCAUAUUAAUGACGAUUAUUAUUAUUAUGAUUAUUAUGAUUAUUAUUAUGAUUGUUAUUGCAAUGUUUAUAAUAUUAUCGAUUCACGUCGACUUGAUCGAGCAUGACACGAGGUAUGGGUCGUUAAUCGCGGCGACAGAUUGCGAGGGAUCGUCGAAGUGUACAGAGAUUACUCGGUGGUCAGUCCUUGGUUCCACUUCUUGUAAGUAUCUCCUUUCUUAUUUAUUUUGCUAAAAAUUAUUGGCUCGUGAUAAUUUUUCGCAAGAACGCGGAUGAAGGCUGCCCCCUGAUCGCGAAUCGAUGUGCUUUCUAUCGUACUCGCAAACUAACGACGCCACUCGCAAUCUGCUGCGCACACAACUCCGUCGCGGUCCCGUCGUCGUUGCGUAGAAAAGGAACGUUCUAAGUUACACGAAGGUGAAGCCACGGGCACCAACGGCUGUCAACAUAUCAUGUCAUGUCGAGAGUGAACGAUCGCCAUCACCUUUUAGUCAUUCGUGUCCAAAAUUUCACGCGAACUCGCUGAUGUCGCACUGACAUGUGACAUCAACGCAGACUGUGUCCUUUCGCAAUAAACAAAUCAUUACGGAAA